UGGUAUUUAUUGAUAGAAACCAUUAGCGAGAUCGUUUCAGGGGACGCCCCCUCGUGUGGCGAUUGAAAAGUGAGAGUUGAACGCAGAAAGGCGAAGAUUUGUAGAUAUUUUCAAACAGUUUUUAUUGAAGCUUCGUAGCUAGCGGACGUGUCCGGGGAACAGCGCCAAAAUGAAUGUGUCAAUUUUGCUACUUAUUGUGGGUGUCGUCUGCCUGGGAGCUGCGUCAGCAGCGCCUCAGUUAAGGCAGCGCAACGAGAAGCAGGUCCAGACGGUCGAAGACGAGUUCCCAUACAAGGGUGCCACCAUUGAGGAAGUGGUUGUGGAGUCUGCCCUGUACAUCAAGCCUAAGGCGACACAGCAAACGAGGCGCGUGCGUUCGGCAAAUUCGGAAGAUUCCCCUCUGCAAGGCAUCUAUGCGACACACAAGCGGGUGAAGCGUGGCCGUGGAGGCCGUGGACCUGGCUUUGGUGACCAAUAUGCAGGAAAUCCAGGUUUUGGCGCCGGCUUUGGUGGUAGUCCUAGUGGCGGCUUCGGCGGCAACAACCAAGGAUUCGGCGGCAGUAACACUCAGGCAGGCACCUCAGCAGGAGUUGGAGGAACUAAGGCCGGCGUUGAUGUUGGUGCCGGACCCGAUGGCGGCAAUGCCAAUGCGAAUGUACAGCUGAAUCCACUUGGGCCACUCGGCCCAAGCGGCUUCAACCAGGAACAAGCUGUCUCCAAUGGCGCUGCCCACAGCAACUACAACAAUGGACUCAAUGCCGGCUCCUCGGCGGCCAAUGCCCAGGCCCAGGGAUUCCAGUCGCAGACUGCUAAUGGUUCAUUCGGCGCCUCCUCCGCCAGCACGGCCACCCAGUCGCAGAACAUCAAUCCAUUCGGCAGCAACAAUGCCGCUGGAGCCUCGCUGAGUCAGGUGUACAAGCUGCCCAAUGGCCAGACGAUCAAUUUCAGUUCCACCAAUAGCUUUGCCAACAACGGGGCCAACCAGGGAAACAGUCACGGUGCAGCGGUGUCUGUGAGCCGCUAAGCGGUAGGUCAGAUCAAGUCAGAUCAUUACAUUUUUCUGUGUGCAAAU